AACGACAAUAACAAAACAAACAGGGAGGGAGGGAGGGAGAGAGAUGCCGUUGGGGAAGUAUUACUGCGACUACUGCGACAAGCAAUUCCAAGACACCCCCUCCGCUCGCAAACGCCAUCUUCAGGGCCUCUCUCACCUCCGCGCCAAAGCUCUCUGGUUCGAUUCCCUCCACGAACCGAACCGGGCCGUCGCCGAGGGCUACGUCAGAGGAGUCUGCAAUCGUUUCGUCAAUACGGGCUUUUGUCAGUACGGGGAUUCGUGUAAAUACUUUCACCCCAAGAGCAUUCCAACUCCACCUCCGCGAACCGCAAGUGAUAAUGCUCGGUCAACGGUGAUCCCGGGCAGUCAUCUAGUCGGGGGCACCUCUUCACAAGGCAAUGUGGUGGUGGCAGAUGGUACGGGCAUGGCCACAGCCUGGGGGAAUCUCCCCCCAUCGCUAAAGCCUCCACCCGAGGGUGGAUAUCUGCCUUUGCCUUUUCUUGACUGGGGAUAAACAUGUUGUUUCAUCUGAAGCUUCGGGGAUAGAUGUAGCAAGAAAUCAGAGUGUCAUCUUCAAUGUGCGUGAUGUGGUUAGUCAUUCUUGUUCAGCCAUGAGCUGAAAAGACUGUAUGUAGGAUGUAGCAACAUUUGGUCAUAGUCUUCUACUGCUCCUGAAGCCUGAAGCAUGUAGCCGAUUGUUACUUUUUGGUGCAGUGGGUUGGUGAGUUCCUUAUGUUU